AUGGACAUUCCCGUGGCAGAAAAUGUCUUGGGCACCCUUGGGGCGGUUUGUUGGUCUAUCCAGCUUCUGCCUCAAAUUAUCAUCAAUUACAGAAGACACAACACUGAAGGUCUACAAGGGUCAAUGAUGCUCUUGUGGGCUGCGGCGGGUGUCCCUCUCGGGGUAUACAACAUCGUGGAAGAGUUCAAUGUGGCUUUAAGAAUACAGCCUCAAAUACUUACAGUUUUGAGCCUUGUUACUUGGUCGCAGUGUCUUUACUACGGAAAAAAAUAUGCUAUCGCAAAGUGCAUUGCCGCGGUCGCUUCUCUUGUUCUUAUUUUGGGUGGCAUCGAAACAGGCUUGAUAUUUGCGUUAAAAGAAGCUAAAGCGCACGACCUGAGGUGGCCUCUUAUUUUGAUGGCUGUUUUAAGCGCAUGCUUGCUUGCAGCAGGAGUACUGAGGCAUUACUGGGACAUUUAUGUUCACAGAACCGUACGAGGAAUCAGUUUCUUUUUCGUCGGCAUCGACGCAGCCGGCGAUGUAUUUUCGCUCGUAUCCGUUUUGUUCGGACCGACUAUUGACAUACUUGGCAUAGUCAUAUAUGGAACCGAGUUUGUACUCUGGUUGGGCAUUUUCGCAUGUGGUGGCGUAUUCAAUCUCUUGCCUUGGCUGAAGUCGCGGUCAAAGAAAGUUGAGCCUUCACAGGAGCCCAUAUCUCUCCAUCCAAUGCCAUCGUCAACUUCCGUGUUCAGAACUGCAUCUGCGUCUGAGGUAGUAGAGAGGCGGGGUUGGCCGCGUGUACUUUAG